GAGAGGGACAGAGAGAGAGCGGUGUGCAGAGACGGAGCGGUGCAGAGCCAGUGUGUCCUCUGGUAUGUGUCCAGUGUGAGCAUCCAGUCCAGUCCCCCGAGCAUCUGUCUGAGCAGCCUCACGCGCAGCAGGACUCCAUCCACAGAAGAAAAACAGGAGUAUCCACUGUGUCCACUGAAUCGGUUUGUGUAGAGGAGCAUGUUGUGACAGCCAUGUCUCUGGAGAUGGAGAAGACCAUCACCAAGCUGAUGUACGACUUCCAGAGGAACUCUACCUCUGACGACGACUCUGGGUGCGCGCUGGAGGAAUACGCCUGGGUUCCCCCCGGCCUCAGUCCCGAGCAGGUCCAUCAGUAUUAUAACUCCUUACCAGAAGAGAAGGUGCCGUAUAUAAACAGCCCCGGAGAGAAAUAUCGCAUCAAACAGCUGCUUCACCAGUUGCCACCACAUGACAAUGAGGUGCGUUACUGUAACGGUCUGGACGAAGAGGAGAAACGAGAGCUGAAGCUCUUCAGCAACCAAAGGAAGAAAGACAAUUUGGGACGAGGCAACGUUCGUCCUUUCCCACUCACCAUCAAUGGAGCAAUCUGUGAUAAGUGUGGUGGUCAGAUAAAUGGAGGUGACAUUGUGGUCUUCGCUCCGAGGGCCGGUCACGGAAAGUGCUGGCACCCUCAUUGCUUUGUCUGCAGCAUGUGUGAGGAGCUGCUGGUGGAUCUCAUCUACUUCCACCAGGAUGGCAAGCUCUUCUGUGGCCGGCAUCACGCCGAGAGGCUAAAACCCCGCUGCUGUGCCUGUGAUGAGAUAAUCUUUGCUGAUGAAUGCACCGAGGCAGAAGGCAGGCACUGGCACAUGAAGCACUUCUGUUGCUAUGAGUGUGAGACCACCCUCGGUGGCCAGCGCUACAUCAUGAAGGACGGACGACCGCACUGCUGCAACUGCUUUGAGUCCCUUUACGCAGAAUACUGUGAUGCUUGUGGGGAACACAUAGGAAUCGACCAGGGUCAGAUGACAUAUGAUGGGCAGCAUUGGCACGCAACUGAGGAAUGUUUUUGCUGUGCCCAUUGCAAGCGCUCUCUACUGGGUCGCCCCUUUCUGCCAAAACAGGGGCAGAUCUUUUGCUCACGGUCUUGCAGUGCUGGACAGGAUCCAGACGAGUCUGACUCUUCAGACUCAGCCUUCCAAAGCGCCCGCUCCCGAGAAUCCCGCCACAGCACCAAGAUUGGGAAAAAGGAGCGUAGGAAUGCAGAGCAGGAGCGACGGACUGCUGAUGUCCGCCAACCGGCUCCUCCCCCCAUGCCUGACCGCCUGUCUGCUGAAAUCGAUCCGCUGUCUGUUCAGAUGGACCUUCUAAGCGUCUCAUCUAGCCAGACUCCAAGCAGGACGCCUAAUCGCACACCCAGUCGCACUCCGAGUCGUGCCCCGAGCCUUAACCAGGUAUGGAUGAGCCGGGAUGAGCCCUAUAUCCCUGCAUCUUAUGAGGGCCCUCAGCGAGAACCCUCCCCUUCCCCUACGCCCAUACAUUUGCUGGGUCAGUGUAAUCCAAGGCAGGGCUACAAUCCCAAUGCGAAUGCUCAUCCCCCAGCCCAGAAUCCUGCCAACUCAGGCAAGAGACCUGAUUCCUGGGGAAAGGAGCAAGGCAAUCCCAAGAGGACACCUAUGGCUGCUCUGAGGGGCCACUCCUUUAAUGAAAACUGGAUGCAUCACAGCCAGGAUGAGUUCAGGCCCAACAAACUACGCACCCAGAUGAGCUUCAAUGAGAUGUCAAGCCAGAACCAAGGCUUCUCUGACAAAAGGAGCAUCAGCCUUCACGGAUUCCAGAGAAACGGCAGACCACCUCUCACCAGGAGGAACCCCAUCAAUGCCAUGAGCUUCAAUGAGCCCCUCACUCCUCUAGAGCAGACUCCUCGUGGCUCCAUGGACUCCCUGACAAUUUCCAAUGCUACAGGUAACUCUCUGGAUGGGGUCAGCAAGCGCCAGGAGCAUUUGUCAAGGUUCUCUAUGCCUGAUCUAAGCAAGGACUCUGGAGUGAAUGUGUCUGAAAAGAGUAAUAUGGGCACUCUCAGUUCCUCAGUCCAGUUCCACAGCACAGAGUCACUGUCCUCUUCCCGUCCCUACAACAACAACGCGUAUGGUCCACUGAGAGUCGGCUACCCACUGCAGUACUGGGAUGGCCCUCAGCCACUGGGCUUUGAUGGCAAAGGUCAUGUCGGUGUGAUGGACAGCAGCGGAAACCUGAGGAUGGCUCCCAUGAGCGACAGAAUGCCUCGUCGACGCAUAAAUGCACAGGAAUCUGUGUCGCAGCAACCACAGCCACAACCAAGGCUCCGCAAACACCAUCGUGGAAACCACAGUAAUGGACAGCACCGCAGCGGCCGACACCACAAACGUUCUCGGCGUUCCCGCUCCGAUAACGCUCUGCAUCUGGUGGCAGACAGACCUGCUGAAGUGGUGGAGCUGCCCUACCGCCGCGUUCAAGAGGAUUAUGACCGCUUCCCCGCCGGGCACGCUGCUCGGGAGUUGUUUGGUCUGGAGCCAGGUGGGUACAGGCAGCAGCCGCACCGACCCUGCCCCCGCACCACCUCUGAUCUCACCCUGCAGAAUGCUGGCUGGCAACCUGUGGGUCUGGGUGGGCCACGCUGGAGCGACAGGUACAUGGAGGCUGCCGACCCCUGGUGUUCCAGCUGCUCCUCUUCCUCCGAGUCUGAGGCUGAUGAGAGUUAUUUCCUGGGUGAACCAAUCCCUCGGCCUGUGCAGCUGUGCUUCAUCAAUAAUGAGGAGCUGCGCCAUCGCUACAGCCCCUCUGGGAUGGGUGGCCAUCACGGGCCACUGCAUGGACCGAUUCAUGGCCAGCUGCACACUCGCCAGAGGAGGAAGAGCAAAAACUGCAUAAUUUCCUAGAUGUAGAGAAGAGAGAGCGAUGACAGGGAGAGAGCUAAAGCAACAGAGAGGAGGAACAGAGGGAGUGGGAAGGUGAGAGUGAGACAAUUGACUGUGUGUGUGUGUGUGUGUCCAUAUGUGUCCGUGUGAGUGUGUGUGAGUUGGGGUUGAAGAGAGAAAAAGGCCUAUUUUAUGUGCUUGUGAACUUACACAACUCUACACUGCGUAGCGUUAGUGUACACCUACACAGAAUGAUCUAAUCAUAGGAGGAAGCUCAGCCGGAUUACACAACAGAAGUGUUUACACUGAUGGAGAUCAGCUCCACCGACAGCACCAGGAAGCGCUGAUGAAUUUGACAACUAAAUAUACUGUGGUCCGGGUAAAUAACAUGACGUAUGUACGUGCGUGUGUGUGUUUGUGUGAGUGUGUGUGUGCAUGUAUCCAUGUUACGGAGAGACUGAAGAAAUCCGUUACAGUUUGAAAA